AUGGGAGGGGGUGAAUCUGACUUUGAGACUGGCUAUCCUAGUGAAGAUCUGGAUAGUGUGACAAGUGAUAGUGAGGUGGAGAGUCAGCGGAGCCAUUUCCCCAAUCUUCGCGCUCGUGUUCAAGAGUUCAUAUUGAUCGAGCAAGAUGAUCAGAAGAAACAAGAAAGAGAGGAAGGACGCAAGCAGUCUCAAUCUGGCGGUGUUUCACAGGACAAAUCCAAGGCGGGGAAGGAAACCAGGAUAGCGCAAACCCCCCGUGUACCAAGACCGGGACCAUACCAAAACUCUAAACCUGGCUUUCAAAAUACAUGGCACAGAAAUUCACAAGGUCCCACUGCUGCCACAGCUGGUCAGCCUGGUGCUUCGCCAACGCCAGUCCCACUUACUAAGUUGAAUGCACCCUUAAGUACCAUUUUAAGGGCGGUUGGGCAGACCAACGUUGUGCAGUACCCACCACCCCCACGGCGGCCGCCAGCUAACGUGGACACCAAUAGGUGGUGCGAGUACCACAAGGCGUUGGGGCAUACGACAGAUAAUUGCUGGAAUUUAAGGCGGGAAAUUGAUCGCUUGAUUAAAGCUGGCCAUUUGGCAAACUUUGUUAAAGACACAGCAGCGCCGGAGGUAGCUAAAAUCACUCAAGGGGACAAAGGCAAAGGUAAAGAGAUAGUUGAAGAGUUGGGCGAUCCUGUUGGGGAAUGCUCAUCUAUUGCAGGAGGAUUUGGCGGGGGUGCAAUUUCAAGUAAGGCUAGAAAACGCUACGUGGCGGCAGUACACUCAGUACAGGAGUCGAACGAAGGCGAGUGUUGGGUGAAUCAUUCCCCUAUUAUAUUUACCCCUCAGGAUUUCGCGCAUGUAAUUCCCCAUGACAACGAUCCAAUUGUGGUAACAAUUAGGGUUAACAAUUAUGUGACAAAGAAAGUAUUCUUAGACCAGGGAUCUUCGGCGGAUAUCAUCUAUGGAGACGCCUUUGAUCGCCUGGGACUAAAGGAAUCAGAUUUGAAACCAUACAGGGGAACUUUGGUGGGAUUCACAGGAGACCGUGUCAGUGUGCGGGGAUACGUCGAAAUUCCGACUGCCUUUGGAGAAGGAGAGUUUGUCAAGAAGUUUCAAGUAAAGUACUUAGUAUUGGCGUGUAGAGCCAAUUACAACGUACUCUUGGGGCGAGACACCCUCAACAAGGUCUGCGCGGUCAUCUCAACUGCUCAUUUAACUGUUAAAUAUCCCGCCUGCAACGGGAAGGUCGGGAUAUUGCGUGUAGACCAGAAUGCAGCAAGGGAAUGCUAUUUGAGAAGCGUGGCGCUCUAUGGGCGAAAGGCCGCCAAGGAGAGCCAUCGAAUUACAGAAAUCUUCCCACAAGAAGGAUUUAGCUUGGACCCAAGAGAUGAUGCUGAUGAUUUUCGCCCACAACCGCUGGAAGAAACCAAGCAGGUGCAAGUCAAGGACAAGUUUCUAAAGAUUGGCAGUGGUUUGACAACAGAACAAGAGGACAGACUAAUCACCCUUCUGGGUGAUAAUCUAGAUCUCUUCGCAUGGACCAUCAAUGAUGUACCAGGGAUUGAUCCCAAGGUGAUCACUCACAAACUAGCCAUACGACCAGGGGCGACCCCGGUCAUCCAACCAAGGCGAAGAAUGAGUGAAGAAAAGAACAAGGCUGUACAAUUAGAGACUGAAAAAUUGAUCAAGGCCCGCUUCAUCCGUGAGGUACAGUACCCAACGUGGCUCGCCAAUGUUGUAAUGGUCAAGAAGGCCAAUGGGAAAUGGCGAAUGUGCACGGACUACACAAGCCUGAACAAAGUGUGUCCCAAAGAUUCGUACCCACUUCCCAAUGUUGAUAAGCUUGUGGAUGGAGCUUCAGGGAAUGAACUUUUAAGUCUCAUGGACGCUUAUUCGGGCUAUAAUCAGAUUAUGAUGCAUCCCUCGGAUGAGGAAAGUACAACAUUUAUGACCAAUCAGGCGAACUAUUGUUACAAGACAAUGCCUUUUGGUUUGAAGAAUGCAGGAGCUACGUACCAACGGCUCAUGGACAAAAUUUUUUCAAAGCAAGUAGGCAGGAAUAUGGAGGUGUAUGUGGAUGACAUGAUUGUAAAAUCCGCCAGGGCUAGUGAUCAUGGUGGCGACCUUAAAGAAGCGUUUGAUCAGUUAAGAACAUAUCAAAUGAAGUUGAAUCCUGAGAAGUGUUCUUUUGGGAUCCAGGGAGGAAAGUUCUUGGGAUUUAUGUUAACAUCAAGAGGAAUAGAAGUGAACCCAGAUAAGGGAAGGGCGAUCUUGGAGAUGAAAAGCCCAACAAGUGUAAAGGAGGUUCAGCGUUUGACAGGGCGAAUGGCCGCCUUGUCACGUUUCUUGCCAAUGGCGGGUGACAAAGCGGCCCCGUUCUUCACAUGUUUAAAAAAGAAUUCAAAGUUUCAGUGGACAGAGGAAUGCGAACAAGCUUUUACCAAAUUGAAAGAAACAUUGGCCACACUACCGGUACUCUCCAAGCCAACACCAGGCGUUCCAUUAGUGCUCUAUUUAGCGGUUACUGACAAGGCGGUAAGUACGGUGUUGCUCCAGGAAGAAGGAAAAAAGCAGAAAGUUAUAUAUUUCGUGAGCCAUACUUUCUGUCUGGCCUUCGCCAUCUUUUUUCUGGCGGAAACCAUCGUGCAAGAGUCUGUUGCGUCGUGUGGUUCACCAGGGAGAAGGUUCUUGGCAUUGGACCUUCCGCUCCUAUCUCGUGAUGAGCUAAGAUUGGAGGAACUUCUAACUGCCUCGCAACAAGUAAAUUUGCAUGAAGGGAAGGAUGAUAAGUGGCUGUGGGAAGAGGACAGUGAAGCUGUUUAUACGGUGAAGUCGGCAUACUUCCUUAUGCAAGGAGUGGAGUUGGAGGAAUCAAAGCCUGCUUUUGACUUGCUGUGGAAAGGAUGUGCUCCUUCAAAUGUCCUUGCCUUUAUAUGGAAGACACUUUGGGGAAGAAUCCAAUCCAAGAGCAACCUGUAUAGAAGGAGAAUAAUUACAGAUGAAGCUUCCUUGGCUUGUGUGCUAUGCAGCGGAGCUGGGAACAAAGAUUCCCGCUGCUCUAUGUAUGAUUGUAUAUCCAAUCCGAGGGAUGAAUUUUGUGUUGACUAUGAAGUAAUAUACUAUGCUUCCUUGUUAAGGGCUGUUUUGUCUGCAUUGUUACUGGAUAUUGUGAAAGUGGAGAUAUGUGAGUCUCAUGUUAAUACCUGUGGACUCCCAGCUUACUAUCAAUAUCCAGAAACAUUGAAUUAUCAUGUCUGGUUUGAAGCUAGUGAGAUUGAAAUUCAUGAGAAUGAUUUGCAGGAAAGCAAACAGGAGCUGCGCAAAAGGAAGGGAAGAGAAGCAAGAUUCUAA